AUGAAGCCCAGUGGCCUCCUCCUUCUGGCGCUUCUUGUCCUGGGAACCCUGGCACCGUGGGCUGUGGAAGCUGCUGGAGAUGCUGUGAAGGCUGGCGGCUGCCCUAGGGUACCACUAGCCAAGUGUAUUCGGUUUGAGGACCCUGAAUGCCAGAAUGACUGGCAGUGCCCAGGAGAGAAGAGAUGUUGCCCUGGUCUGUGCGGAGUCCAAUGCCUGGACCCUGUGAAACUCUCAAACCCAGUGAAUAAGCCUGGCCAGUGUCCGGCAGUGUAUGCAGAGUGCAAGAUGCCAAACCCUCCCAACCACUGUGAGACAGAUGGCGAGUGCGUGGACAACCUCAAGUGCUGCAAGGGCAUGUGUGGCAAAGCUUGCAUUGCCCCUGUGAUGGACAAAUCUUAGGAAGAAAAAAGU